CUAAGUAGAGUUGCUCAAGCUUAAGCUGACCCAAAGCAUGAGAUCAUCUCUGGGACAUAUCCAGCACAAUCCAGCACAAACAUCCUCUUAGUCAAGACUAAGACAUAUUUAACAGUAACAAACAGACAUAUUUCAGGAUCAAGCUAGAGAGAGAGACACCAAAAAAAAAAAAAAAAAACUGAGAAAAAGAGAGCCUGGUGUACGCUGCACUGCACAAACCCAAAACUGCGUCAACAACUUCAGGAAGUUGGGGGGUGAAUACAGUCUGCCUACGAGAUUAGAACACUGAGACAUGGAAAGAAUAAUACAUGAUCAACAAUGAUAUAAAAAUUGCGGUCUUCUGCUGCACAUGGGAUAUCCAUAAGAAUGGACAGCAGUUCUUCAGAGAUGGAAUGGCGUAACCUGUCCUGUGACAGCUGGACAGAAACUCAUGUGAGCUCCUGGUUGAGAUGCAUUGGAAUAAAACAAAUUUACAUAGACAAACUGAAGGAGGAGGAGGUGACAGGACCAGUUCUCACAACUCUGCCAAGGGAAUACUUCAGCGCCACAAUUGGAAUGAGAAGUGGCCAAACUGAGCUUCUGCUGAAGAAAAGGGAUGAGCUUGUGAAGUCAGAACAGGAAAAAAGGAAAAAUAAAAGUGAUUCUUGUGGUAAAGGUAGAAAUGACAAAAAAGAAAAUGUGUUAGUUUUAGGACAAGAGCCAAAACAUUGUUCACAAGAACCUUGUGACCGAGUUGAGACUGAGAAUAUUCCUACAGCAUGCAGUGACAACUCAGCCUCUACGGAACUAGCUUUGUCUUUCUGUGACUAUCGGAAAUUUGAUCAGCCUGAAAAGGACUGCAGGUAUGUGAGGCACAAUGUGCUUCCUCCAGAGACAGGAAUUGAAAACCUGAUCAAUCCAUGUCAUGAAUAUAAGUCACUGGAGACUGCGCACAAACUAGACUCAAAAAGGCUGCAAACAAAAGUAGCAAGUGAGGUGUUAAGAUUUGCAUGUGCAUGCAUGAAUAUGAGAGCCAAUGGGACAAUCCAUUUCGGCAUUAUGGAUAAAGUCAGAGGCACUCACAAGCAUGGAGAAAUCAUAGGAAUACCUGUCAAAAAUCAGGAAGACUUUGUGGAUGCACUCGACAACAUUGAAAGAUGCUUCAAAGGAUCGAAUCAACAAUCCGAUGCCAGGAGUUGUAUAAGGAACCCCCGAUUCAUUGAAGUACUGGACAAGGAAACUACUGAGAAAACAUGGGUCAUUGAAUAUGAUGUUGUCCCAAAAGCAAGCACUGUAAAAGAUAAGCUUUACUCUGUUGGUGUCCCAAAAUUCUCUGAGAAGGACAACAAAGUCAAAUAUGAAGAGAAAGUUCCUUAUUGCAGAGUAGGAGCUAACACACCACGCAUACCUGAUGAUGACCUUGUUCUUUUCAUUCAAGGACUGAGAGAGAAAGACGAACAGAGAGAGAAGGCAGAAUCUUCAAGCAAUGAAACAAAUGUGGACUUAAGGGAGGAUCAAAAGAGGAAACUCACCAUCCUCUUAACAUGUGGAAAGACACACAUGGACAACUCUCUGUUUUACAUCAUUGUGACAAACAAAUUUCACCCAGAGAAUCUUGACACUAUAAGCUUCUUGGUUCACAUGAAUCUAUUCUGUGUGUUUGAUUUUGACCCUGAUUCAAAGACAUCUGGUCUUUGCAGUAGAUACAAGAAACAGAAGGCUGUAAACCUUCACUUUCUUGAUGACUAUGCAAAUGAGAGUAGAUUGGGAACUUCUGAUUUCAUAAAUUCUCUGCAGCUUUUUGAGAGAACAAGUUGGAUUUUCUGCAAUGGAAGAAACAACUUCCCUGGUGGGGAACAAACCUGUGAUGAAAAAACCUGGAUCAAAACAAGGAAAAAGAAACUCAAAAAAGCGGUGUCGCUCAUCUGCAACGAUAUCCUUCCCAGGCGAUCGUUUGUAGUCCUCUUCCUGCUCAUGUCUAAUGUUGAGCAGCCGCUUGUUGAGACUUUCCAUGAAUUCUACGCAGAGAUGAAUGGGCAUGAUUUCUUGGCAGUCAUAUCAGAGUCAAAUGAAAACUACAAAAAGUGGUCAAGUCUUGCUCAGGUGUCUUGUCACAUGUCUACACUCAGAGAAAUCAGCAUUGUUGAAAUGCCACUGAGUCAUGUGGACGCCACAGUCCAAAGCAUUCAGCUCUCAAAGAAUAAUCUCACAAGGACAUUACCAGUCUUAAAUGGAGGCCUGUGCUUCCUAAAGUCAGUUGAAGAGGCUAUGCUAGAUUCUUUGGAAAUCAUCAGUGUCGACCAGUGUGAUGACACAAAACUGGAGAUCAUGAGCGAGGAUGAAAUCCAACAAAUUGAGACCUACUUCUAUCGAGGUGGAAAGAUAGACUGGAAAAACUUCUGGCUUGCUGACAAACACAAGUGUGGUGUUAUUAUAAAGAGGGACGCCUACGAAGAAGCAAGCAAUAUGUUGCACAAGAUAGUACAUCGUACCAAGGACAUACGUCCUGUAGAGAGUGUGAACAUAUACCAUCAUCCGGGCAGCGGUGGAAGUACAGUGGCACGACAGAUCCUCUGGAGUUGGAGGACAAAAGUACGAUGUGCAGUUGUUAAACAGUGCAAGGAAAUCACAACUGUGUGUGAGCAUGCAGUGAGAUUGAGAGAACAUGAAGAGCGAGACAAAAACAACUGUCUGCCAGUGCUCUUGCUCUUGGAGGACCGAAAUGCAGAUUACAUAGAUGAUCUCAGACGGGAGCUUGGAAAUGUCAUUACAACCAAAAAAAUAACUCCGUCUGUGUUGUGCUUCAUCCUGCUCAUCUGCAACAGGUCAAAUGUUCCAGAAAGAAUGUGCAGAGCAUCGUCAUCUCAAACAGUAGCAGUCACACAUAAGCUGUCAAAUGCUGAGAAGCCUUUGUUCUCAAAAAAGCUUGAGCAACUUAAACUGCAGUUUCAACCAGACUUUAUCCUAACAUUUGUUCUGAUGAGUGAGGAGUUCCGGCCAAGUUACAUUGCGGACUUUGUGAAAAACCUUCUAGAUAAAAUUGACCAUUCAUCACUUAUCACUCGCCUCAUCAGAUUUGUGGCUCUCUUGAAUUGCUAUGUUGAAGACUCAUACAUAUCUGUGUCACACUGUGAAGCAUCUCUUGGCAUAGCUACCCAUGUGGAUAGAGCUCAGUACCAUGCAUUUGUGGAUCAUCUCAGUGAAGAAGCAAGGCUUAUUUUCAUCCACCUCAAAGAAGAAUCAACACACAUCUCAUCCAUACGGAUUAUUCAUGCAAAGGUGGCAAAGGAAAUUCUGAUUCAGCUGUCUGCAAAUUUGCCUCAGAGUGAAAUUGCCAUGGAUCUCAUCAAAGAUGAGGUACUUAUCAAUCAUAGGUUCAACAGAGAAGUGUUUCUGAAGUUCAUCAGAGCACUUUUUAUCAGACGCAACAAAAAGAGCAGAGGAGAUCCUGUCGACACAGCUUUUUCACCCCUGAUUGAGCAUGUCAGGAUCGAGAGAGGUGUUCAGAAAGCCGUUGAUCUCAUGAAAGCAGCUUACCUAGCUCUGGGAAAAGAUGCAUAUGUGGCACAACAGCUUGCCCGGCUGCUUUACACAAAUUUGAGAUUUGAAGAGGCCCUAGAGUGGGCAGUGGAAGCAAAAUCUCUUCUUCCACACGACACAUUUGUCCUCGAUACAUUGGGACAAGUUUACAAGAGGUGGUUUUACCACUUGUAUGACACCCUUGAGGAAAAAGAGCCAUCCCCUGAAAGGGGAAUUGAAAUCAUAAGCACUGCACUCAAAGGAAUUUCUGCCUUCCGAGCCUCUGAAAAAACACCAAAGAAAGAGACAGUCAGUCUUAACAGCUCAUAUUACGGGGAAGUAGAUGUUGGCUGCAGGCUGCUAAAGUUCCUGUCAGGAGUAGAUGUUUUUUCAAACAAUACUGGAAAAUCAGAGUUGAUGCAGUAUUUGUUAACAGACUACAUACCAGCAGAGGUCAAAAAACCCUGGCAGACGUUUCAUCAGCAGUUGAAAGGAUUACAAAAGAGCUUGUACCACGCACUUGAGUGCAUUUCUGAAGAUCUCAGCUACUUUCAAACUGACAUUAGCGAAGAGGAUGAAGAACUUGAUGCAAGAGAUCCAGAACAAGUACACAAUCCAAGAGAAUGGUUGACAAGGAAGAGUGCUGUAUAUGCUGGAUUUUUUUGCAUCAUACGAGAUGACGACAUCCAAGCAACUGACAGCAACAAUACUGACAGAGCCGGUCCAACUGAAAAGCUUUCUCCAUUCCAAAGACAGAUGAAGACUUACAAGCUUGGUGGAGGAAAUGUUACAUCUAUCCUCUCUUUACUUUAUGAUAGGGACCCUCUGAGAGCAGGAAAAAAGCUUGAGACAAUAAUUGACAUGUACCCAGAAAACCUGAAAUGGAAUGACCUUGACCAGACAGAACUUGCUAACUUUAUCUUUUGCCAGAUAGUUCUUAAUUGUACUCUGCCUGGCUCCUCAAAGCUCCUGUCUCUUCAAAAGCUUCAGGAUCUCAGCAAAAGAUUUAUUACAAAAGGGAAAAACAUGUCAUCUGCUAGUGCUCUCUUCCUUCUCUCCCUUCUUUUUUGGCCUGAGACAAGCGAGGCUCUCAGUUCUGCUGGUAGUCAGAUCCUUUUAUCAGCCAUUGAUGCACUUCAGAGACUCUGUGAGCAAAAAAUCCAACAUGUGUCUCCAAGGAAAAGUAGAAUUGUGACCCACUUCUUCAUGGGAAAGGCAAAAGGUCUUAACAAGAUUGUCCACAGAAGUGCUAUUGAAAAGCAAAUUAAAGGCACUCUAAAUGAAAGAAGACUGAAAUGGCUCGGUGGGGAAGUAUGGAAAACCAGGGAAGUCGUGCAGCUACUCAAACGUGUUGAAGGAUGGACAGAAAAUGGAAACUUAUUUGUCAAAGGUGGAAUCAGGGAGGGCAAGAUUAGGGUCUUUCCUCGAUAUUCUGCCUCUCUGCCAAAUGGAAAUGAAAAUGUCACCUUCUACUUGGGCUUCUCAUUUGAUGGAGUGGUUGCCUUUGACAUCCAAGUGAUGGAGUAAUUUUCAAUGCUCACAGUGCACCUCAACAUUUGUAAAUCAGUGCUAAGCUACAAUAAACAAAAACAUGAUGAGACUGUGAGCACAAAGACUUUUUGUAUAUAGUAUUUUGUAUUUUUAUAGCAAACACAAGACUUCAACUUGAAUCUGGAUCUCACUUUCAGUCUUGUAAAAUAGAUAUGGGUUGAAGUAAAUACAUUCAGAACAAAUCUGAAGAAACAACAAUCUUUGAGAUUUAUUUUUCUGACUGGCUAAAGUAAAUACGGCCGGAUGCUUUGAUCCUCUGUCAUAGACCCUCUGCCUUAGAAGAUUUUUUUUCACAGAUUGUUAGACAAUCAUCAUGAGCACUGCUGCUGUAUAUUUGCAAAGAUGUAUCCAGAGAAACAGCUCAGAUUAUGAAAAUACAGGAUUUUUGAGUCAAGUCUUGAAAACUUUUUUUUCUUUACACAAUAUUUACAUUUUGAACAAUUUUGAACUUUACUACGUUUUCAGUUUAGUACUUUUUUUGAUGUUCUGACAAGUGAACAUAAAGUCUGCCUUAUGUUUGUGUAUGAUACCAAGUAGGUAAUGAGAUUGUAUAUGUGAGUUUUUUAAGCUACAGCUCUUUUGAGAAAAUACAGCUGUAAUGCAGAUCAUGUCAUAUUAAUCUUGAUGUAAACUAUAUUCUCAAUCUCGUAAGCAUUUUAUUUUGUUUUUAGUGUGGUGUAAAGAAAUAUUUAUUUGCACAAACAUUUUGAUAUUUUAUUUUGCAUUUAUCAUUAGACAGCUUGAAUAUCCUCUUUUCUCUAUGUAACGUUACACAUGGAAUAAUAUAUCAAGUGACACAGCCAGGGUCUGAUUUUAAAAUUAAGACUGGAUCUUCAGUGGUAUUGAACUGAUUAAGAAAUUAUUCAAACACAGUAUUUUGAGUAACAAAUCCAAUCUUAAAUAUAUGUAUAAAUAUCUCAUUAAAUGCA